CCUCCCCCCCCUCGCGUUGUACCCAGUAAUGACGUCACCGCAGCAUCUGUUGAGCGCCCUUUCGGUGCCCAGCACUGUGCUGAGCGCUGGGCUGGACAGAAGCACCAGAAUGAGGGGAUUUGGCCGAGAGGGCGAGGAGGAUCAGUCGCCCGGACCGGCGGACGACGACCUGGAGAAGCCUCGGUUUCCCGGGCGGGAGACCCCCGCGUCCCGCGCCCCCCUGGUCCUGGCCGACGACGGGGCCCGCGUCCCCUACACCAUCAACCGCUAUCUGCGGGGCUACCAGAGAGACGGCGCCCGCUUCCUCUACGGACACUAUUCCCGCCGCCGGGGCUGCGUGCUGGGCGACGACAUGGGCCUGGGGAAGACCGUCCAGGUGAUUUCUUUCCUGGCGGCCGCGCUGGGCAAGACGGGGACCUGGCGGGACGUCGAGGACAACCGCCCCGACUUCCUGAGGAGGAGGAGGAGGGGGGACACGGAGGAGGCCCGAACCCGCCCGGUGUUUCUGAUCGUGGCCCCUCUGUCGGUGCUGUACAACUGGAAGGACGAGCUGGACACGUGGGGUUAUUUCAAGGUGGCCGUCCUGCACGGCAGCGAGAAGGACACCCAGCUGAGCCGGGUCAAGCGGGGCAAGUGCGAGGUCGCCCUCACCACCUACGACACCCUCCGCCUUUCUCUGGAGGAGCUCAACAGCCUGCAGUGGUCGGCGGUCAUCGUGGACGAAGCCCACCGCCUCAAGAACCCCAGGGCCCGGGUAACGGAGGCCACCAAAGCGUUGCGGUGCCCGGUGCGCAUUGGCCUCACGGGCACCGCCCUGCAGAACGACAUGAAGGAGCUCUGGUGCCUCAUGGACUGGGCGGUGCCGGGCCUCCUCGGGAGCGGGGCGAGUUUCCGCAAGCGUUUCUCGGAGCCGGUGGAGCGGGGCCAGCGGCACACGGCCACGCGCAGGGAGCUGGCCACCGGCCGCCGGGCCGUGCGGGCGCUGAGCCGCAAGCUGGCCGGACGCUUCCUCCGCCGAACCAAGGCCCUCGUCGGGGACCAGCUGCCCAGGAAGGAGGACCGGGUGGUCUACUGCGCCCUGACGGACUUCCAGAGGGCCGUGUACCAGACGGUGCUGGACUCGGAGGACGUGGCCCUGAUCCUGCGGGCCCACGAGCCCUGCCCCUGCCGCCGCGGCCGGAAGCGGAAGGACUGCUGCUACCAGGCCAACGGGCACGGCGACACGGUGAAGACCCUGUACUUCAGCUACCUGGCGAUCCUGCGGAAGGCCGCCAACCACGCGGCCCUGCUCCGCCCCGGCGCCACGGCCGCCGAGCGGCAGGAGGCUCACGUGUGGCGGGUCUGCGACCGGGUGGUCGCCGCCUUCCCCGCCUUCGGGCAGCGCGGCGGCCGGGCCGCCUUCCAGACCCUCUCCGACCCCGAGUACAGCGGGAAGAUGAAGGUCCUCCAGCGGCUCCUCCGGCACUCCAGGAAGAACGGCGACAAAGUCCUCAUCUUCUCCUUCUCCACCAAGGUGCUGGACGUCCUGGAGCACUACUGUCUGAGCGCCGGGCUGGAAUUCCGCCGCCUGGACGGGCGCACCAGGUCCGAGGAGCGGCUCGAGGUGGUCAAGGACUUCAACGGCUCCCGCCACGUCGGCGUCUGCCUCGUCUCCACCACCGCCGGCGGUCUGGGCCUCAACUUCGUGGGCGCCAACGUCGUCGUGCUGUUCGACCCCACCUGGAACCCGGCCAGUGACCUCCAGGCCAUCGACAGGGUCUACCGGAUCGGCCAGCGCCGGGACGUGAGGGUCUUCCGGCUGAUCUCGCUGGGGACGGUGGAGGAGAUCAUCUAUCUGCGCCAGGUGUACAAACAGCAACUGCACUGCGCGGCGGUGGGCAGCGAGAACGCCAAGCGCUACUUCGAGGCGGUGCGGGGUUCGAGGGCCCACCGCGGGGAGCUCUUCGGGGUCCGCAACCUCUUCACGCUCCGGCCCCACGGAUCCUGCCUCACCCGAGACAUCCUCCAGCGAGAAGGCCGGGUCGAAGCCGGGAUCCUGACGUCCGGCACCUGGUUGACGGAGGAGGCGCCGACCCGCCGCGUGGAGCUGCCCGCGGAGGACGAGGAGGAGGAGGAGGAGGACGAGGAGCACGAGGAGCACGAGGAGCACGGCUCGACCGGCCCCCCGCCCGCCGAGGCCCGGGCCCGGGGACCCCAGACCCGUCCACGCCGCCCCCCGGGACCCCGCCGCCGGGAAGACGGAGACGCGCUCCGCCCGGCCCCGCCCCGGGAAACAUCCCUGGACCGCCUGCUCGAGGACAUGCCGGAGGUGGCCUUCGUCCACUCCAACCAGAAGGUGGUCGGGUCGAGCCGGGCGGAGGACCGCAUGAGCCGCCGGGCCGUGAGAGACGUCUUCGAGCUCCGCCAGUUCUCCCAGCUCCCCGCCAACCUGGCCGUGCGCCGCCCCGAGAGGCCGGCGGAAGGCCCCGAGCCGGACCCCCCGCGGAACGGGCCGCGGAGGCCGCCGUCCCCUGCCCCGGGCCCCGUCCACCCCGUCGCCUGGACGCGGAAGGAGGCGCGCCGGGCGGGCCCCGUCACCGUCCUCAUCGGGGAGACCCCCCCCGCCAUCCGCAGGCGGCACCUGGAGGAGAUGACGGCCCACCUGGGGCUGCGGGGCGUCCGCCGGCUGGCCGAGCGGGUGGUCGCGGCCACGUCCCGGGAGCGGCGGGCGCUGCUGGCCGACUUCUACGCGGCCCGCUGCCCCGCCGCCGCCCGCUUCCUCCCGCGCCCCGGGCCCGAACCCGCCCGCGCCCCGGGCCCGGAGGACUCGUCCGCCGCCGCCGCCCUGGCCGGCCUGCUGGGCGACGCCUCCGUCCUCGACGUCUUCUUCGGCGUCCGCCCGCCGCCGCCCCCCGCGGGGCCCGGGCCCGCCGCCUCCGGGAGGGCCUCCCCGCUCUGGCGGGAGAACGAGGACUUCCUGUGGAGGUGUAGGCGCGUCGGCGCGUGUGAGUGUUUUAUGUUCGCGUGGGUGGGCCUUUGUGUGUGCGUGUGGUUCCGUUGGCACGCGUGGGCCUGCGUGCACGUGUGCGCGCGUUUCUGUUUGCCCGCGUAG